GCUACUUCGUUAGGAAGUUGGAUUGUAUCUAUGAAGCGAACUUUUGAUCCGUACAUUAGUAAUUAUCCCUAAUUUGGAAUAACUAGCUUAUUUCACUUCUACAGUGACAUUCGGCAUCGUGACAGUGCUGGGAUCAUUUCAGACUGAGAUGAAACUUCAUUCGGUGUGGAUGUACUGGAAUUAAGCGGAUGUAACUGAAGACAGUGCAUAUAACUGAAGUUGGAUCUGCACAUAACUGCCUGGUUAUGAGAGUUUCGUUACCGGGUCAAAACUCUAAGUAUGGACUGUCUUAAACUCGACCAAGGUGAGAUCGCUGAUUGUCGCCCGUCCUUGGUGUUCGAAGAUGGAUCUUAUACCAUACCAGAAUUGCUCGACUCGCACCUGCUCCCGGUAGUUGCGCAGUACGACAGUGCGCACAUGCCACUUCCGUUCCACGAAUUCAACUUUGACCUGUCGCAGCCUUUGAUGCUGUACAAAAGGAGAAAUAUUCAGAAAGUUGCAGCCAGGUCCCUGUACAUCCACGAUGACAAGUACGAGGAGAUUGGGGAAUCGCUCCUCAUACCCGAGGAUUAUAAAGGUUGGUUCGCGGUCCUUCAGCGCGUGACCGGGAGCACGCGAGCCGACGACAGCGUUCCCCACUUCACCGAUGUAGAGGAGGUGGCGAACUCCAACACAGACCGUUUCCUCAUAGGCGGCACAAAGAAAGUGAGCGGCCUGCAGAUCAUCGACAACUCCCUCAUGCCGCUUAAACACGAACAGCGCUAUUUCCUUCCGGGAGACGUUUUGACGAAAGAGAAGGUAUUCUAUGGAGAGACGAAGAAACGCUCGCGGUUGUUCCGGAAACCGAAAUAUAUUACAGAAAAGUUUCUCAUGUGCAGAGACGAGUCCGAUCGCGAUGUUCUCCUGCCAUUUGAGCAGAAAGGCAUUUUCUACCAAGUGUCACAUAAGUACGGAAAGGCACAGAAGAAUGUCAUGCAGAUGAGUGAUAUCGUUGCUAGGAAACUCACCCCGAGAAUCAUCAAGCUUGUGUUCGGACGGUUUCCCAUUACACCGUGCUCUUUUACAGGUCUCAUGAAAGCAGAAUCUUCCAAAAUCGAGACUUCUAUCAUCGCGUCAACUGUUAUCAAUACAAAAAACAUCCUUAUGGAGAUUCCGUUGUCAUCUAACAUUUCUUUUCGCGUGGCACUCACGGACAACGCGUUACGCCAGAACGCGUGUUACAGGAGUGCGAUCAGUCUGUGUGCGGAACGCGCUAUAACGUAUAUGCGCAACAUAAAGGUCUGCUACAACUUCACCGCUGAUGAUUCUGAAGAAGAAACUACAUAUUGGGACCAAAAAGAGAAUAACUUUUCACCAACAUUGAAGCGUGUGGCUUCCAUUAAAUGCGAACCGAUCGAGAGACCGCACAAACCAUUGAAGACUUUUCUAUCAUUUCAAGAUGACAAUUUAAACGACAGAACUAAAAAUUCCCACGAAACUUUACGGCGGGGAUUCUCAGCUGAUUUAAACGACAGUGUUACCGUAAGACCAGCGAGAUGCGCUUCAACGGGUCGCAUGAGUUUCUGUCUAGGGAACAGUUAUCUGACAGUACCAGUGUUCGAACCUGGUUUUGACCUGAAGCGAAACUCUGGUAACAACAACACAUUUUCAGAAGCAAUAUUCACCACAAGAGGUGGUUCGCGGAUUUCAUACAACGGAAUGUUCUUUGAAGAAGAAGAAAACAAUGAAGGAGAAACACCGUCACUUGAUUCCUCGAAUGCUACGAUACCUCCUUCAAUGUCAUCGACCAGGAUUGAUUCAUACGUAAAUGCAGUUUCUCCCCCGCCGAUGUCCCCAGCUUCUGAAUUUGAGGACUACAUUCCGGUAUCCGCCUGCCGAGGGCCGAACACGCAGCCACCGGACUCAUUGCCGCCUCCGCCACCGCGGUCCUCUAGCACGAGUGGCGUGUCAUCGGGAACCUCAUCACCGUCGGGCGUCGGGACAUCUUCACACAGGGGGUCGAACGAAUCAUUUGAAUAUGCUGUUCCAAAAAUUGAAGACCCACAAACAAUUCUUUCUAACAUACAAGAAAAUAACAAUAAUGCAUCAGCUACAACAAACUACACCGAUUCCGUUAAGCCGAAAGUACGACGUCCAUCAACGUUUAAUUUUUCCGAAGGUUGCCUCGUGAAACCAACGUCAGUCUCCACGCUUCCCGGAUGUGACGUCAUUGAAAAUAUUCGUGAUCACGUAGUAGAGGAUGGAAGUCCGGUAUAUGAAAAUAUUAAGUCGUUGAUGGAGAUGGUUGCACAUCUGGAGUCACUGGAGACAGAUAUGGAAGUCAGAGAUGACAUUACACCCAGAGACACGGACAGUGAACAAGAUAAUGACGUUGAAGACAUUGCUCCAGAAUGUGCCCUUCAGAAACAAACAGCUACCAAAAACAACACAUGCAACGUUAUUGCAUCGCCUAAAGUUGAGAAAACAUGCAUGGCAAAUGCUUCAAAUUUACUAUCUCUUGAAGAUGAAAAUAUGAACUGCAAAGCAAUUGAAAGUGAUUUUAAACUCCCCGUUGAAAUACGUCAUGCGGAUGAAACGGAAUCUGACUGUGUCUCUUUCGAUAAGUUUGACAGAAAAGACGACGAUACCCUCUGUAAUGAUGUUGAUAUCUUUUCAGAUAACACGGAACCUGACUUAAAAAAUAUUGAUGGCCAUAUUGCUGACAUAACGUCCGUUUCUGAAGUUGACAUUGCUGAAAAGAGCGAUCAGCCGAGUGAACUGAAUACAGUAAGCAAUGCCAUUUUAUUACCAAAUUAUGCUGAAAAUGUCGACAAAAGUCAUCCAAUACAUGAACGAGAUCUCGUGUGUACUGAAACAGACUGUAGUACCGAGAACACGCUGCCUGGGAAUUGUAAUCGAGAACUGGAUGAUAUCAGCUUUUCAGAAUGUAAUAAAAAUGAUGUUGAGGCGGAUGCUAAGUACAAUACAGAGCAUACGAUCGAAAGGGCUGUUCAGGAACAAUAUACGUACAACGAAGACAACUAUUUGGAAUAUCCUGCAGACGGUGAAACUAUCUGUAAUAAUAACUUGGAGUUCGACAACAUUUUAUUUGGUGAACAGAACACUGAUACAAGUGUGAUGCCAGAUAUCAAUGAUCUUUGUCCGGUCACCACUGAGACAACUACUGAAUUAGUAAGUGAAAUCGACGAACACUGUAUGGAUAUUGCUAUCGAAACAAAGACGGAAGGUUCCUCAAAUGACGAACCAAAUGACUCAGAUGUGUCUGGCAUUGACGUUAGUAAUAACGUAAAGCCAUCUGACACAUCAAAUCCUUGGCGUGUUGCUGCUAAUAGAAUGACAUUAAAUGAAGAAAUCCCAGAAAAGACAACAUUUUCUCCAGUAACGACUCGUAGUCACAUUGAAACGAUCUGUAAAGGCCUUCGAGAACUCACAGUUGAUGACGUUUCCAGUCGAUUAAAUACUAUUGGUAUUAAAGAUGCUUCGAUUGAGAAAAUUCGGGAAAUGGGAGUGGAUGGGAUGAGGUUUGAGGAGGUGUUAGAGGGCACUUUGAACAUCCGCGACUGCCUGAGAGGCGUGAAUCUGGUCGAUCAGCAGAAAAUAUCCAUGUUUAUCAGAGGAUGGAGAAUUGAUGUUUAGAUUGUUUUGUCGAAUGUGUGACACCACUGAGAUGAAUUUCUUUUCAUUUUUGUUGUGUUGAACAAACUUCAUGGCUUUCUGUUCUUGUUUUUUUUAACAAACGUGGCCACUCAUAAAUAUAUAUAUAUAUAUCGUAUGAUAAUCAUUCCAUGUAUCAUGAUACAGUAGAAACUCGAUAUGUCGAACUCUGUUAUCUCGAUGUUCUGGUUAUGUCAACCUUUUCCAAAUGUUUUAAGUUAUUUUCGAUUUCGACAUAGCUUAUUUUGACUGUAUAAUUGAUUGUACAUAAUGAUAUACACAUGUAUCUUGGCAAGACUGCCAAUACCAUACAAUGAUUGUGUUCUUUUGAAGUCAUGUUUGCAUCAUCAUUAAAAUCUCAAUCCACA